AUGGUUGAGGACCAGCGCUUCCGCAAAGUGCACAAUGAUCCGAGAUUUGCGCGCAACUCAAAGCGCAAGAGCAAACUUCAGAUCGACCAGCGCUUUGCUGCUGCACUUAAGGAUGAGCGUUUCCAAAGUGUUCAAGGGAAAUAUGACAAGUAUGGACGUUGUUUAGAAAAAAAAGACAGUGAAUUAAACAAGUUUUAUCAUCUGGACGAGGAAGACGACGAGGUGAAGCUGAAGACUCCUGUCAUCUCGGGCUCUGAUGACGAUAAUGAAAAUCCGAGCACCACUGUCGCCAAAACCAAUGAAAAACUCUCGCGUCUCGACUAUUUAAACCGUAUGGCACGUGGAGAGCUUGAAUCGGACUCAGAAAGUUCGGACUCAGAAGACAGCGACAACGAAGAGCUACAGGUCUAUGAUAAGAACGAAGAAGAGGAGAUACCGAUGGGCGAGGAAACCAAGCGCUUUGCUGUGCUUAACUGCGAUUGGACGCGUAUUCGUGCCGUUGACUUAUUUGCCCUCUGUCAGUCGUUUGCACCUUCCACCGGUACCGUUCAGAAUGUUAAAAUUUAUCCGUCGGACUAUGGUCUUGAGAAAAUGAAAGAGGAAGAGCAACAUGGACCUCAGGGUCUUUGGGAUGAUAAACAAGAGAAAUCACGCGAGUGUACGAUUGAGAAAAUCCCCGAGAGAGCUGAAAAUGCUAAAAUGAACGCGACGGGAAAGAAAGGAACAAAUUUGGCUGAAAGUGAUACCGAAAAUGGUAAUAGUGAUAAUAGUGACCCAGAAGGCGAAGACCCAGAAGGCGAAGAAGAUUACGACUCUGAUGAUCCACUUGGCGUGAAGAAAAGCGUAACACUCGAAGAGAAGUCGGAAGGUUUUGAUAGCGAAAAGCUGCGCAAGUACGAGCUGCAAAAGCUUCGGUAUUACUAUGCUAUUGUAACUUGUGAUUCGGUCAAGACAGCCAGUACUAUCUUUGACCAAUGUGAUCAGCUUGAGUACGAGACAUCAUCGAAUGUGCUUGAUCUUCGCUAUGUGCCGGACGACACAACGUUUACGAAUACACCUAAAGACACAUGCGACAGUGUGCCUGACCAGUACAAACCAGCCAUCUUCGCGACACUUGCGCUGCAACAGACGGAUAUAAAGCUUACGUGGGAGGAGGAUGACGACCAGCGCCUUGAGCUACUUACGCGUCCAGGAGACUGGAAAGAUGCCCAAGACGAUGAUUUCAAGGCUUAUUUGGCGUCCGAUGUCUCCAGUAGCUCCGAAGUUGAUAACAGUGAUAGUAUAGCAAACACUGCUGAUCCAGACAGCCGAAAGACACUCAAAAACAAGGCCAAAUUGAAAAAAUUGAGCAAUCGCUACCGGUCGAUGCUCUUGGGAAGUGACGCAGAGGAUAAAGAUGAAGACAAAGUUUCUGAGGGAGGCUAUGGAGAUAGUAGCGAGGAAGAGGGCGGAGCUGAUGCUGAUGGUAAUAUGGAGCUGUCAUUUACACCCGGUGCUAGUGACAUACUAAAGACAAAACGACAGAAAGAACUUGAAGAGAAUGAGACGCCAUUCGAGCGGUACGCACGCGAAAAGAAACAGAAAAAGAAUCGUAAAUUGCAUGAGAAACGUUCGCGACAGAAAGAACUUGAGCGUGAACAGCGUGAAGUAUUGAAGAAGAAGGGUCGUGGGGCAAAAGAGGCAAAUUUACUGCGCGAAGCGAUUAUUGGAGGCGAUGAUAGUGGGGCCGAGGAGAGUGAGAAUGACUUAAAUGAACGUGAUUUUGACAUGAAGAAAAUUGCCAAGCAAGAAAAAGUCAAAUAUUUAAAAGGUAAGCGUCGUGCCAAGGAGAUGAAGAAACUAGCCAAACACAAAGGCACUGGCGGGUUGCAGGAAGAUUUCCAAUUUGACGCGUCUGACCCACGUUUUAGCGGGUUGUACUCAAAGAGUUCUCACUUUCAGCUGGACCCAACGGAUCCGAAAUUUAAAAAAUCGGAAGCCACGUUGGCUAUUUUUAAGGAGCGGCGGCAACGUUAUGAUCAGGAUGCAUCAUCAGCUUUGAAUUCUAAAGCUUUUCCGACAACUACUGUCAACAGUAAACAGAAUCUGAACGCCAUGGUGGAAAAUCUGAAGCGAAAGUCUCAGCAGCAGGACAAGAAAAAGAAUAAGAAGAACAAAAUUUAA